UAGCACUAAACUCGUAUACUAGAAAGCCAUAAAUAAACAAAUAAAGGUUUUAAACUUGAAGAGGCACCAAAGAGGCCACAACUCUAAGAGCCAAAUUAAUCUACUAGUAUUAUAUGCUAAAACUUCAACUUUGGUCUUUGUUGCCAAUUUUCAUGAUAGGUGGUGGUAUUGGAGAAUCCAAGAAGAAGGAUGACACUGUGGUGGCCUUGCCAUCUUCUGAUCUUGCUGAUGUGAAAUUAUUGGUUGAUUCGCCUAUUCUUUUUUUCGUUCUUUCUCAUAGAGCUGUUGAUGUUGAGCUUGCUCAGAUUCGUCGUAUAGCGGUUGAAGCCUUGGAUACGGCGUCUCACGGCGGUGAACUAGUUGAUGAACUUAGCCGGCGGUUUCACUUCUUGAAGCUUGUAUAUAAGUACCAUUGCGCUGCUGAAGAUGAGGUCCUUUUUCAAGCACUAGAUGCACAAGUGAAGAAUGUUGUUUUCACAUAUUCACUUGAGCACAAUAGUAUAGAUGAUCUGUUCAGUUCCAUCUUCGAUUGCUUGGAUCGCUUACAACAGGAGAAAGAGGAGGUUUCCAUGCAAUUUAAUGAACUUACAUGUAGCGUAGGUACCAUUCAGACAACAAUUUCUCAGCACAUGCUGAAAGAAGAGGAGCAGAUUUUUCCUUUGAUGAUGCAGCAGUUCACUUCAAAAGAGCAGGCUAGGCUUGUUUGGCAGUACCUAUGUAGUGUUCCUCUAAUGAUACUGCAGGAUUUUAUGCCAUGGCUAACAGCUAGUCUUUCUUCAGAUGAAAAGGCAGACUUUCUGAAUUUCAUACAUUUAGUCUUACCUGAAGAGAAACUUAUUCAAGAGGUGUUCAUAUCAUGGCUUGAUGAUAACAAGGAAUCGUCUUUCUGGUCCUGCAUAAAACAUGGAAGAGGAGCUAAAUUUCAUUAUGGAGCAGCCAAUAUGAAGUACAUAUUUGAACUGGAUGUGCUGAUGGUUCAGUGCAGGGAAAAGCAGCAGCUGGAGGCUUCAGAAGAACAGAAUCCGAUUGAUGGUUUUCAUAUCUGGCAUGCUGCUAUUACACGAGAUCUAAGAGUAAUUAUGGAGGAGCUAUAUCAAUUAAGAAGCUCGCUUUGUGUUUCAACCUUGUCGUCAGUAAUUACCCAGUUGAAGUUUUUUGCAGAUGUGUUCACAUUCUACAGCAAUGCACUGGAUCAAAUCUACUGUCCCUUGGUAGAUCAAUUGACCAAGGAUGCUCCGUCUACUUUGCAUGCACAAUUUAUUGAAAGAAGUCAAAUCGAAGAACUGCAGAGAUUGCUAUACUACAAACUGCAUGAGGGGAUACAAUUAAGGGUUUUCAUAGAUAUGCUUUGCCAAGAAUUGGAAUCGUUUGUCGCAAGGAUCAACAAAAAACUGCAGUUUCUAGAAGCACAGGUUUUUCUGUUCAUUAGAGAGACCUGCAGUCAUGAAUUGCAGCUCUGGUCAUUGUACAUGAGCCUGCAUGUGUUGCCACUUGGGUUGCUAAAGUGCAUGAUUACUUGGUUCUCUGCUCAUUUAUCUGAGGAUGAGUCCAAGGUGAUUUUAAACAAUAUAAAGUUAGGAUCUGCUGUAGUUAACAAGUGCUUUGCUACUCUCUUAUAUGAGUGGGUUCGGAUGGGUUAUUCUGGCAAAAUCUCUGUUGAGAAGUUUCGGAAAGAUUUGGAAGAAACGUUCAGUAGCAGAAGCUAUUUGUUUGAGAAGUGGAGUAAGAAUUCUGGAAGUUCUUCCUCGCAUUCGGAAAUGCAAUCCUCUGAUAGAUCUAAGACUGUUUUACUUGGACCAAAUUCAGCCAUGACACUAAAUAAUAAGCAUGAUACACCUUAUUCUAAUGGGAUCAAUCUUCAUAUAUUUUUCUCUGACUCGCUGAAAAACUUACAGUUCCUUCCUGAAGCUGCUGCUGAUGGUAUGGGAUUUUCCAGUCUUGAUGUAAAACCAAUUGACUUUUUCCAUUUCUUCCACAAGGCCCUGAAAAAAGAUUUGCAGUAUGUACUUUCUCUGUCGGUUAAGUUGGCUGAAGAUGUUGGAAUUCUUACUGAAUUUGAAAGACGGUUCCAUCUCGUACAAUUUCUGUACCAGCUACAUAGUAAGUCCGAGGAUGAAAUUGCCUUUCCUGCCUUGGAAUCUAAGGGACAACUCCAGAAUGUCAGCCAUUCAUAUGGUAUUGACCAUAAAUUGGAGGUUGAGCAAUUCAACAAAAUUUCUGUCAUCUUAAAUGAGAUCAACGGUUUGCAAGGUGAUGUGGACAUGGUUGACAGUAAUAAGCUGAAAUACAAAAAGUUGUGCUUAAAUCUCCAUGAUACAUGCAUAUCUAUGCAUAAAUCACUCACUGACCACAUCUACCGUGAAGAAAUUGAACUGUGGCCACUAUUCAAAGAACAAUUUUCUGUUGAGGAACAAGAGAAGAUUAUUGGAGACAUCCUUGGACGAACAAAAGCGGAGAAUCUACAGGUGAUGAUUCCCUGGUUGAUGGCAUCUCUAACACCAGAAGAACAGCAGGGCAUCAUAUCAAUCUGGCGCAAAGCCACAAAAAAUACAAAGUUUUUUGAGUGGCUGGGAGAGUGGUGGGAAGGUGUAAAUAAAGAUGAAAGUGUAAAUGCCGAAAAGGGAUCAAAGGUUUCUCCUUCAUUGGCUGUUGAUCCUUUAGAAGUUGUGUCUAAAUAUCUAUCAAGAGAUGAUUUCAAGAGUCCAAGCAUCUGCCGCGAAAAAGGGGAGAACUUUUCACUGACAGAGUCUGCUGAUCAUGAUUUUGAUCACUCUGGAUCUUUUGUUGCAGAUAAAACCCAGAAUGCCAAGGGGAACAAAAAUGUUGAUCUAUCCGGAGAUAUAACACAGCAUUCUACUGAGGUUGACAAGAUGAGAUGCAACUACACAAUUGACAUUGCUGAUCAGAGAGAAACAACUUGCCACGACAUAAAAAUAUAUGAGAAGUCAAGGCAAAAGGAGCACCAUCUAAUGCUGACUCAAGACCAGCUGGUCGACGUAGUAAGAAGAGUAUCAUGCGAUUCCUCUUUGGAUUCUGAAAAGAAAUCAUAUCUCAUGCAGAGCUUGCUAAUGAGUCAAUGGAAUUUGACACAGAAGAAGUCUCAUUCAGAGGUUGUUACUGCAAAGGAUAAGGAGAAAAUUACUGGUCAAUGUCCGUCAUUUCGUGAUGAAAAAGAAUCAGUUUUUGGUUGCAAUCAUUACAAGAGAAACUGCAAGCUACUUGCUCAAUGUUGUAAUGAGCUUUUCCCAUGCAUACGGUGUCACGAUGAAAUUACUGAUCAUUGUCUGGACAGAAAAUCUAUCACCCAAAUGAUGUGCAUGAAAUGCUUGAAGAUACAACCGCUCCGUCCCAAUUGCUCAUCUCUCUCUUGCAACAAAUUCUCCAUGGCUAAUUACUAUUGCAGAAUUUGCAAAGUGUUUGACGACGAAAGACAGAUAUACCACUGCCCUUUCUGCAAUUUGUGCAGACUGGGGAAGGGAUUGGGAAUUGGAUACUUUCAUUGCAUGACCUGCAAUGCUUGCAUGUCAAAGGCUCUCUCUGUUCACACAUGUAGAGAGAAGUGCUUGGAGGAUAACUGUCCAAUCUGCCAUGAGUACAUUUUCACUUCCGCCUCUCCUGUUAAGCAACUUCCUUGUGGUCAUUUGAUGCACUCUACAUGUUUUCAGGAAUACACUGAAACGCAUUACACAUGCCCAAUCUGUAGCAAGACACUUGGGGACAUGAAGGUGCUCUUUGAUAUGUUAGAUGCAUUUCUUUCUCAGGAGAUAAUUCCCGAGGAGUAUGCUGGCCAGAUUCAGCUUAUACUAUGCAAUGAUUGUCAAAAGAGAGGAACUGCUUCCUUCCACUGGAUCUAUCACAAGUGCUCACAUUGUGGUUCAUACAGUACAAGACUUAUAUGAUCUAAAUCUAGAAUCGUAGUAGCUGAUUCAAAGUCGCGUGAACAACUGAUUCCAUGCUCCCAGACUGUACAGAAACUGUUGCAGACGUUCACCUUAAAUACUUGGGAUGCAUGAAGCAGUUCUGUUUUUCCAUUGUCAAUAAAUAAUGUAUAUGCUUCAUUUUCUUCAAUCAACCUAUGUUAAAUUCCAAAGAUUCUUCGGUUCUGAUUCAUCAUAGUACUAAUACUGAGGAGUCUGAUGAGCUUUGCAUUUCACACCAAAUGAUGGUACUAACUUCUAACAUGGAUAGUUGUGAAUGAGAGAAUAAAAAGAGAAUGAAACAAAUGUCUUCCUUCAUUUUUGUCCAAUGUAUUCCAGAUAGUUUGUGCAUAAUCGAGUAAUGGAUUGUAUCUG